ACAUAUUAGGUGUAGUAGGGUGGCUCAAGUAGCAUAUUAUAUGAUAGCAAGUAAGUAAAGUAGUGGUAUAAAAAAUUCAUCUAUUUCUCCCAGCCAGCAGAAUACGAAUAAAGAAACACAAAGGGAGCCUGCUGGACUGAAUAGUUGAACUAAAAGUAAAAAGGGAUCUCUCUAUUCCCUAGUCGUCCCUUGUAAAUUCUCAUCUUUUGCUGCCGUUUUUUGGGUCAAAUAUAUCUUCCAUUUCAUAAUAGGGUGUAAUGGUUGUUCUUCCCCCUUUUGGAGGAUAUUAUGUCACUUAUUCGACACCUAGGACGUUAUUGUUCCCAAUUUUAUAUGCUAUAUGACCUCUCCUACUCCACGUCCACUUCGUCGUCGUCGAAGUUUCGAAGAACUUCGUCCCGUUCCUGUUGCUUGACCUACUAGAUUUUUAUUUUACCCAGUGGUUUGGUUCGACCAAUGGGCGCCUGCCUAUCCUGCAACCAGUCCUCCACCCACGACCACCAAGAGCAGAACAAAACACCUCCCAACAAGAACAAGGACAGCAUAACGCCGACGACUACGACUCCUUCUUCUUCUCCGCCGGUGAACGUCUCUUCGUCCCUGGGCGCCGGGAUGCGAGACGGCGAAUCUGUUCCACACACGAACAAUCACCACCACCAUCAUCACCGAGUCCACGGCAAUAAUAGUGCGACAACGGGGACGGCGGCGAGUUCCACGCCGAAUAAUCAGGACGGGACGUCCGCCGCUUCGUUGAAAGGGGACAAGAAAAACUUUUACUCGAGGAUUCCACCCUUGGGAAGGGUUGGGUCUACUUCGGCGGAUAAGGAUAAAGGACCCAGCAGUGGGGGGAAGACGUCGUCGUCGUCGAUAACCAUUAUCAAAGAUAACAACAAUGCCUAUUCGGAGUCCAAAAUUGCGGCCUUAUUCCAACACUAUAAGGAUCCCUUAGAGGACGCCGUCCUCGCUGAAGGGAUCGAUCGGUUGUGUAAAGAUCUCGAAGUCAAACCUGAGGACUUUAAGAUGCUCGUGCUCGCUUGGAAGUUUGAUGCGGAACAAAUGUGUCGUUUCUCUCGCCAAGAGUUUUUCCAGGGGAUGAAAACCCUCAAGACGGAUACGUUACCGGGAAUUCAGGCUCGGCUUCCGGAUAUUGUGACCCAACUGGGAAAUGAUCCAGUCAAAUUUAAAGAUUUAUAUAGAUUCAGUUUUAAAUUUGGCCUCGAGUCUGAACUCAGUCAGCGCGUAUUGCCUAUCGAGAUGGCGACGAGUCUGUGGCGUGUCGUAUUUUCGCAAAAAGAGCCACCCAUUUUAGAAAGAUGGAUCACAUUUUUAGAGUCAAAUCCAAGCAUUCGUGGCAUUCCGAGAGAUACGUGGAAUAUGUUUCUGAACUUGGUAGAAACGGUCGGAUCUGAUCUGAGUAAUUACGACGACACGGAAGCCUGGCCUUCUUUAUUUGACGACUUUGUAGAAUUUGAGAAUGAUGCUUUGAACCAAAAUACAAUUAAUACCAUCAACUCAACGUCUUCGGAUGGAAAGCCUACAUCGACCUCUCCGACAAGUAACCAUCACCUCAACAACCGGCUGACUUCUCAUCCGUUACAAUAGAGCGAUAGGAUACCAUUUAAUUCAUUCAUUAACAAAGUACAAGCUGCUUAUUUUACUCUGCUAUGUGAAGCUAAUACAUGCAUAAAAAAUAUUGCAUAAUAUUGAGGAAUAGUUAAAUAGAUACGUUACAAUUCCGAAAAAUACCUCAACAGAACCUCAACAAACAACCAAAGUCGGUGUCGUCAUAAUUCUUAAUGAAGAAAAGUCGUGGUGAAUGAAUAUAUAAUUAAUUGUAAUUUAGUUUAAAAAAACUCAUAAUUUUUUAUCAAGCUACCAAAAAUAAGGGCCUCCUCUAGAAUAUAGGGAAGAAGAACUCUCAAUAUUUACUAUAUAAUUGAAAGUGUAAUUAUUAUUAUAAGGAAAAAUAAUAAUUGAUAAGAAAAGUCUCAUCAUCGAACCGGUAACUGUAGAAUGUAAUGUAUGUAUCGUGGGAUUAUGUACGUUCACUGUGGUCGUCAUUCGUUGUAUGUAAAAUCGCAUAGUUUUUUCGUGUCUCUUAUUAGUUUAGGAGGUGGAGAAGAAUAUUGUCGAUAUUAUUUUUAAACGAGGCGAAAAGAAGAAUUUUUUGUUGUACUAUAAUAGUUAACGUCCUUGCUCAUCUAUAUCUUGUCGUUAUCUCACUCACUCACUUAAAUGUAUGAAAAUUGUCGUCUUUAGUUUCUGGUGAUGAAGAAACUUUAGACUGGAGAGAGAGAGCCUUUCUAUUGCUGAUGAACUUGUUAUCGCACCGCAUUUUUAUCCACUUAAUUUUUAAUCAUGGUUGGGCGUAACUUAAUUAUCCUUCUUUCUUAAUUGUUGGUGUUUUUAUGUUAACAUUAUAUUAUGACGUGUCGUCGUACGUAAUAUUUAGGAAGUGGCUAAUUUCGAGGCAUUUUUAUUUAAAGACUGAAAAUUGUGUUAUACUUGACUUAAUUAUCGUGUAAUAAAUGGAUAAAAGCAGA